UACCAGUUCUUCUCUUCCUCUGUCCUUCCUAUCUUCAAAACCUGUCAUCCCCAACACUUCUCAGUCCUGGACAGUGUGUUGGCAGCUUUUGUUUAUGCAAUAGUCGUUGCUUUUCCAACACAUCCCACUUCAGGAAAAUCUGCGAGGUUUCUUGAUACCGUUUCUUUUUAACAAAAUUGGCACUCCCUUUAACCCAUUCAUUCAUUUAUGUGCCGCAAAUUCAGAGCUCGUGCUCUCUGUUCAGACGGUCUCGGUCUUGCAGCUUUAUGAGUAUUCACUUUGUGCGUUAGUAUAAUCCUUGAUUGUCGUAAUCGAUUCUGUCAGCAACACAAAAUGUAUGUGCAAACACUCCCAAUUUCAAAGUGUGCUUUCCACCCCAUAAAUCUCUCGCCUAGUACUCAUCUUUUGACCCAUUGCACUCAAACAAUUCAAAUUAGAAAAGUGUAUUUUGAGUCGAAAUUGAAGACUGGGUUCUGCCAUUCGGUCAAAAGGGUCUCUGGAUCACAAAUUGGUUCGGGUAAAGGUGGUGUCUUGGUUGGUGUGAGGUGUGAAGGAUCACAUCAGGGUGAGAAUGACGGGCUUUACAUAAGGAGAUGUGUAGAGCUGGCUAGGAAAGCAAUUGGGCACACCAGCCCCAACCCUAUGGUUGGUUGCGUCAUUGUGAAGGGUGGCAAGAUUGUUGGUGAAGGGUUUCAUCCUAAAGCUGGCCAGCCUCAUGCUGAGGUUUUUGCCCUUAGAGAUGCUGGUGAUUUGGCCGAGAAUGCAACAGCAUACGUAAGCCUGGAACCUUGUAACCAUUAUGGGAGAACUCCCCCAUGUACUGAAGCCUUCAUCAAGGCCAAAGUGGAAAAGGUAGUAGUUGGAAUGGUGGACCCAAACCCCAUUGUGGCUUCAAAAGGUAUUGAUAGGCUUCGAGAUGCAGGAAUUGAAGUGAUCGUUGGUGUUGAGGAGGAGUUGUGCAAGAAGCUAAUUGAAGCUUGGAUCCACCAAAUGCUAACAGGGAAGCCCUUUCUUACAUUGAGGUACUCCAUGUCAGUUGAUGGCCAUGUUCUAAAUCAGCUGGGCAACACAGUCCUUGAGCCUGGUGGAUAUUACUCAAAAUUGUUACAAGAGUAUGAUGCAAUCGUAUUUCCUUCAACAUUGUUGUCGGAGAAUUCAUCUUUUCCUGCAUCUAGAGAACCUGGGGCCAAUCAACCUCUUCAAAUUGUAUUAGCAAUGGAUCCAGAUUUGCCAGUAGAAAUUCCUGCUCUAACCAGUAAAUCAACUGCUAAAGUCAUAAUUUUUACAGAAAAAGAGACCUCUUUGGAGCAAGAAGCAACUCUAAAAGGUGUGGAAACAGUUGUCUGUGAAAGGAUAAAUCUGGUCUCAGUCCUUGAAUAUUGCAAGCGGCAAGGAUUAUGUAGCGUCCUGCUGGAUUUGAGGGGGAAUAUUGCUGAUUUUGAACAAAUCUUGAGGGAGGGCGUUGAACUAGGUUUGUUUCAGAAAUAUGUGGUGGAAGUCCUACCGAUCUGGGUUGGGAGCAAUGAGAAGUCACUAAAUGUCCCAGAGAAACUAAGGGUGAAGAGUUUGACAUCCAAGGUCAUGGGUGAGAGUGUGCUGCUAGAGGGAUACUUUGAGUGAUAUUUAGGAUUCUUAGCCAUGAGCUCAGCUCAGGAGACUUAUCUUUGUACUCCUCAUGUUCAAAGCGGCCUCCGUCUAUGAGAUAGAAUGCGGAAAAUCCAUGAUCAUGAGCUUGAUUUCCACUAUAGAAGAUUGUAGGUAUGAGAUUUUUCUUUAACCAUUCCUUUUGUUACUCAAUGCCUUUUCUUGGAAUUUCAACAGACAGUUCCAGAAAGUUUUGGCCACAGCUAACUACAAUUCUCAAUACUGGUGCUUAUUCUCUCUCAAUGAGCUAUUUUUCGUCCCGAGAAAUAUCUGUCUUCCAGCUUCUAACUUGUACUUUUGAGUUAGGAUAGCCUUUGAAACUAUGCCCCCUUUUCUUUAUGUAGGAUUGAUUGAUGAUAUUUAUCAGUUCUGAUGACCAAUUUGAAGGUUUUUUUUUUUGGUGCU